CCUGGUGUCUUGGCUACCGCUGCAAAGGACACAAUGCUUUUCCACAGUGAGGAGCGUUUAGAGUGUCAGAGCUGAGAACAGAUGCGGGAGCCUUUCCGGGGGACACAGAUGUCGAACAAUCCGUGGAAGUUGUGUCCGAGAUAGAAGCAGAAGUCCCCGCCGGCCGAGCCAUGGGACUGCCGGAGCUGCUGCUCGGACUGCUGUGGUUCCGCUCUGCUCUGCUCAGUGCAGCAGGCUGCAGUGAGCGGGUGGAGGUCCACUCAGAGCGGAGGGGGGUGAUCUACAGCCCCUCCUGGCCUUUAAACUACCCCCCUGGUGUCAACUGCAGCUGGCAUAUCCAGGGAGGUCAGGGAGAGGUCAUUACCAUCAGUUUCCGUAACUUUGAUGUGUCGGAGUCGGGAAGUUGUCUGGGAGACUGGCUCGCGCUAACACCUACGAGGAACGGGGAGUCCAGGCUGUGUGGCUCCAUGCUGCCUCCACCUUUCAUCUCCACCAGGGGGCGUGUUUGGCUCUUUUUCCACUCUCAGGCAAACAGCUCAGGGCAAGCCCAGGGCUUCCGUCUCUCCUACAUCAGAGGUCACCUGGGUCAGAGCAGCUGUCAGUCAGAUGAAUUCCUGUGUGGGAACGGGAAGUGUCUUCCUCGCUCCUGGAAGUGCAACGGUCAGGAUGAAUGUGGAGAUGCAACAGACGAACGCAGCUGCUCCCCUCCUCCAACAGAGGCCCGGCCAGGCCUCUGCCCCUUCGGCUCCCUCCCCUGCACCGAGGGUCAGUCCACCCGCUGUAUGCCUUCUGCCCUACGCUGCAACGGAGCCCGUGACUGUCCCGAUGGAACAGACGAGCUGGGUUGCCCCGACACCACCUGUGGCAAACAUCUGUGGAACUUCUACGGCUCCUUCGCAUCCCCAGAUUUUUUCCGGGCUAACAGGAGCGCCGUGGCUGAGCUGAGGUGUUCGUGGUCAUUGGACACCCAGGACCCGAAGCCCAUCGUGCUGCAGCUGGACCUGCAGCUGGGGCCCGGGGACUCGCUGCAUGUGUACGAUGGUCUGUUGCAGCGUGCAGAGCACCUCUUACAGGUGUUGUCGUAUCAUAACAACAGACGCCCGGCGCUGCUGGAGUCCAGUCGGGGACAGAUGAGUGUUUUGUACAUGGCCCAGCCUCACAGUCCUGGACAUGGCUUCAAUGCCACAUACCAGGUCAAAGGUUACUGUUUUCCCGGGGAGCGUCCCUGUGGCAGUGAUCAGGGCUGCUACUCAGAACGCCAACGCUGCGACGGCUACUGGCACUGCCCAUCUGGCCGCGACGAGGAGGCCUGCCCGACCUGUCCAGACGGAGAGUUCCCCUGCGAGGGCGGUACUGGAGUGUGCUACCCUGCCUCCGAGCGCUGCAACAACCAGAAGAGGUGUCCAGAUGGGUCAGACGAGAAAAACUGCUACGACUGCCAACCUGGAAACUUCCACUGUGGGACUAACCUGUGCAUCUUUGAGACGUGGCGCUGUGACGGCCAGGAGGACUGCUUAGACGGGAGCGAUGAGAGAGACUGCCUGGCAGCGGUGCCAAGGAAAGUAAUCACGGCCGCCCUGAUCGGCAGUCUGGUCUGCAGUCUCCUGCUAGUUAUUGCCCUCGGGUGUGCACUCAAACUCCACUCCCUCAGGAGCAGAGAGUACAGAGCUUUUGAGACUCAGAUGACUCGCAUGGAGGCUGAGUUUGUUCAGAGAGAAGCUCCCCCUUCAUAUGGUCAGUUAAUUGCCCAGGGUCUCAUCCCUCCAGUGGAGGACUUCCCAGUUUACAACCCCACCCAGGCCUCCGUGUUACAGAACCUGCGGUUGGCGAUGCGCAGACAGAUCAGACGUCACUCUACACGUCGCUCCACCUCCUCCUCCUCUCGUCGCCGUCUUGGCCAUCUGUGGAGUCGCCUUUUCCACAGUGGAGGGCGAACCAGAGGCCACGCCCCCCUGCUUGACUCCCCUGGACCCACGCAGAUCACACUGGGCCUCCAUAGCUACCGAACUGUGGGUGUGCAGGGGUCCCAGGCAAGGGCCAGGUCUGGAGGUGGGCUCGGGGAUGACGUAUUGGGUAUGUCGGGCUCUUGCUGUUCAGCUACCAUGGACCUGCAUUCCUGCACUCCAGAGAGCCCUGCAUCACCUCUCUCCUUGCAGUCAGUAGAAGACAGUCAAGAAGAGGAGGAACUGUCACCUGUCAGCAGGGACAGCAGCAGGGCUCCACAGUCUGAGCCCCAAACCCCUGUUCAGAGUGACUAUUCUGCCCAUAGUGGACCCCCUCCCACUCCCCAGGAAACCCCUGUACCCCCAUGCCCCACCCGGGCAUCUCGAAAACUGGUUCUGGAGCUUGCUGUUAACCUAAAGGGUGUUUCCUUGAGACGUUACUCCCCCUUGGGGCCCCUGUCCCCGAUCUCACCCCCUGUGUUUCCCAGCAGCUCCCAGAUACCCACAACCUCCCAGGUGCCGGAGGAGACUUCACCUUCCGAGCCCUCGUCUUCUUCUGUGAAAGGAGAGGACAGCAACAGCCACUUUACAGUGGAAGUGCCAAGCAGGGAAAUAAAAAGCAGGGAUGAGAGGAAGAGGGAGGGCAAGAGCAGACUCUGCAGGUUCAGCAGGACCUUCAGUGAUGAGGGAGGAGAUUCAGGGAGGGAGACAACGCCAUGCUGAAGAGUUGAGGAAGAUACGCUCCUUUCUCCACUGUGUUGAGACUGGUAUCAGCAAUAUGUGCUCUGCUAAAGUGUCCUUGAAAUGUGUCCCUACCAGAUUCAGAGGUGCGAGUACCUUGGCCCACCACAUGGAGCAAGUAGAGAAGAGUUACAAUUAGCUCAUGUCCGUUCAGCACAUCUGCACAUGCACAACAAUAUGUAUAUGCAGUGUUUUGCAAAGAUGAAUAACACCAGCGUUGGUAGUGCUUAUGGUGUGAUUUAUAGAGUAAAUCUCUGUCAAACAGGAGCUUGAUGUUGGCUCCCACAAUCAAUUGCAAACCGAUCCCCCUGUUUAACCUGUUUGAACAUACACUUUUAAUGAGCCUAAUCCAGAAAAUCAAAGUCAGUUCUGGCCACCCGUACCAAUACAAAAUUGGCAAUGUGUUCUUAAAGCGCCAAAGUAGCCUUUGUGUCGUUACUCAGAGCCAUUAUGCACCGCUAUAUACUGUGAACCAUAAAAGCCUGUUAAUUAAUCACAUAAUUUACUAAUAUAUGAUCCUCUGGUUCUGUCUUUUCCCCCACUUUAUUCUAUGAGGUAGCGUUAUUAUUUUCAUUAUUAUUUUCAUUAUUAUUAUUGUAUGACAAACGGAUAAAGCUGGUUAUGUUUUCUUAUUGUCAACAAAUCAUAUGAAAAGAUCAACAUCAUUAUGAGUAUGUCCAUCUCCCAGUGCUUUCGACUUCACCAUUCUGUGUAUACACUUUAAUUUAAAAAAAAAAUGUUUUUAUUAAAUUCUUACAAUUACAUAAGUUGUAAGGAAAUGUUAGUCAAAUAGUAAUAAAUAGGGCAUUUGUUGGAAAGUAUUUUCAGUGGUGGAUAAAUACACAUUUGGUGCACUAGUGAGUAUUUGCACAGCAGGAUGGUGUGUGUGUGGGAUUGAGUCAAAAUAAACGACAGCGUGUGUGGUAAUGGUAAUAAGCCGAUUUGUCACAACAUUGCAAGUGUGACUCACUGAUGUCUUUUCAGUUGUUUUUGUACAAAAAUUAGGCUCUACAAUACAGAGGACUGAGAUAAACCAGGAUACGCAGGCAAUACUUCUUAGUACAAUAAACAUUGUUUAUUUUGGUCUUUUCAUAGGAGUUGUGACAAUAAUUAUUAAAAAAAACAUUUGAAAUUCUAGAAAAUAUAUUUGAUUUGCUUUUUGGUGGCGAGUUAGAUAAAAGGAUCAAUACUACUCUGUAAAAAUCUGUCUGUAAAAUAUAACACUACACACAACAGUCGGUUAGCUUAGCCUAGCUUUAGCACAUAAGGAGGAAAUUACUAGCCUGGCUCUGUCUGAAGUGGAUAGUUUAUUACCUUUUGAUGCGAAAUGAGCUGUUUCCAGCCGCUAACUGUAGUCUUAUUUAUCAGGAUAUAUCUUUAAUGCCUGGUAAAUAUUAAGCCACAGAUGGGACACUUAGUUUAGCUUAGCACAAAGACUAACCCAAAGGGGGAAACGCUAGCCUGGCUCUGUCAAACGGUUAAAAAAUAAAAUAACACAACUUGUGAUUUUUACACUUCAUUUUUUUGUACAAAUGAGACUUAUGAGCUCUAAAGGUGCUGGUAUGUACCUUUGAGCAGAGCCAGGCUAGCCGUUUCUAGCAUUCAUUUUAUGAUAAGCUAACCUCCUAGCCAGCUAGAUAGUCUCCUUCAUAUUUAAUGGACUCUGAGUGGUAUCAGUCUUUUCAUCUAACUUUUAACCAAAAUAAGCCAAUUCCCUAAAAAUGUUAAACUAUUCCUUUAAAAGUACUGCGUCACUAAAUCAUUCAGCGGUUCACUCAUGCCAAACCUUUGUCAGUAUUUAUUUAACAUACAGUUCAGUGAUACUUCAGUGACCCCUUAUAAACAUCAAAUAACUUUGUAAUUGUGUUAGAAGUUGCAUCAAAUAGUUUUUUUCAAUUCAGCAAUUUAAACUUGAUCGGUUUAAACUUUGACGGAAACUGAGAUAGUAAGUCCAAGUAUGUUGUCUGUAACUCUGCUGAGCCCCUCAUCCUCCUCAAAUCAAACAUGAACGAUCCUUUCAAGGAAGCCUUUCCUCACUUGAAUGAACUUGACUGUGUCUGUGUCUGCUGACUUCCAUUCAGUGCAGUGAUGAUUUUAUGUGAAGUGUCGGAAAGAGAGGCUUCACUUCGGAACAUUGAUUGUUUGUCGUGUCUUCUUCAGCCCAGCGGUACGUCUGCAGAAUCGUCUGCACACUGGU